CUUUCCUCAAGACAUUCACCAAGCAGUCUAUUUGGGAUGAAUAUUAUUUGAGCUGCUGUGCCCAUUAGUCUGUAUGUGUGGCUGGGGUUAGCAAUAGCUGGAGAUGUAUGUUUACAAGUUAACAAGAUGAUAUUCAUUUGUGUUCUAGAAGGACUAAAGGCUACAUGUACCCUCAAGUUUCUCGGCCCUUUUCCAAAUAUGGCACCAAAGCCCGAAUACCUGCCCGCUGUCACCUAUCUCUCCCACUCAAGUUUUAUCUUUACCCUCAUCUUUAUGUCAGGACGCCUUCGAAACAGAGUAGCCCUCAUCACCGGUGCAGGAUCGGGAAUCGGCCUCGAGUCUUCCGUUCUCUUUGCUCAAGAAGGUUGUCAUGUCGUCCUUUCCGAUGUCAACAUCGAUGGAGCGAAGAAAGGAGCAGAAAUUAUUGCGACCAGAUACCCGAAUGUUAAAGCGAUUGCAAUCAAAUGUGAUGUGAGCAGGGAGCAAGAUAUCAAGGAUGCCGUGGAUACUGCGGUGAAAGAAUUUGGAAGAUUGGAUAUCAUGUUCAACAAUGCUGGAAUAAUGCAUCCUGAGGACGAUAAUGCACUCAACACUGAGGAACGUAUAUGGGACCUCACGAUGCAAAUAAAUCUCAAGGGGGUUUGGUGGGGAUGCAAAUACGCGAUCUUGGCCAUGAGACAGAAUCCUACCGACGACUCCCUUGGACUACACACUGGUGGAAGUAUCAUCAACACUGCAAGUUUUGUUGCGUUAAUGGGUGCUGCCACUCCCCAGCUAGCUUAUACCGCGUCAAAGGGUGCCGUGCUCGCUAUGACGCGUGAAUUGGCAAUGGUUCAUGCGAGAGAAGGCAUUCGUCUAAACUCACUUUGCCCUGGCCCGCUCAAGACCCCUUUGUUGAUGGACUUCCUAAACACGGAAGAGAAGAAGCAGCGCCGAAUGGUGCAUCUUCCGAUGGGGAGAUUCGGUGAAGCUAUUGAGCAGGCUAAAGCGGCACUUUUCUUGGCGAGUGACGACAGCAGUUACAUGACAGGUACUGAUUUUACUGUCGACGGAGGACUUUCAUCCGCAUAUGUGACUGCAAUUGGAGAGCCAGUUCUACCCCCUCCAGCGAGCUUGGCCAAUAACUGAUACAUAUGCAGAUUUCGAGAGUAUGGAUUACCGUAGAGGAUAGGUGUACAUAAAUUCCGUUUCCUUGGGAUACAAUAACAAUGGGUACUACGGUACAUAAAGAAUCUGACUGCAAAACAAUC